UUCGUCGUCUCCAAGUGUUCGGCCUUUAUUUUACGAUCGACCUCUCACAGCUUGAUCUUCCUGUCUCUUUGGUCAUUUUCGUUUAAUUAGCUCUACCAAUUGAUAUUUUGUUGUUUUCGAUUCUGUUUCCAUUGAACUUCUGGGCCUGGAUUUUGUGCUGUUGUAAUGAUCUGAUGCUUGAAUUCGCAGAUAUCGUUUGAGAUUCCCCAUGGCUAAAAGCUCGUUCAAGCUCGAACAUCCUCUAGAAAGGAGACAAGCAGAAGCUGCUCGCAUCAGGGAGAAAUAUCCGGAUAGAAUUCCCGUGAUUGUGGAGAAAGCUGAAAGGAGUGACAUUCCUGACAUUGAUAAGAAGAAGUACCUUGUCCCAGCUGACCUCACGGUUGGGCAGUUUGUUUAUGUUGUCCGGAAAAGGAUUAAGCUUAGUUCCGAGAAGGCUAUUUUCAUCUUUAUCCAAAACACACUACCUCCAACUGCUGCUUUGAUGUCAUCCAUCUAUGAAGAUAACAAGGAUGAAGAUGGUUUUCUUUACAUGACUUACAGUGGAGAGAACACCUUUGGAUUCUGAUGACUUCAAAUCACACUUCGUCUGUAAAUGAAACUUAAAAAGCUGUAAAUUCUCCUUGCUUGCUUCCCCAUGUCAGCUAUCUCAGCUUCUUGUCUAUUUCCGAUUACCUUAGGCCUAUCUUUCCACUGGCACUAGUAGUGUUAGUACCUGUUGCUCAUUAAGAACUUCAUUAAGUGUUGGGCUCUGGAUUUCAUGGUGUUCUUCCCCGCCCAAACUGUGAAAAGAAAUGUGGGUGUUUGUGUGGUGAGAAUCCAUGGUUUCCAUUCCCCUAUUCUAAUGUCUAUUUCAUGUAAGCAUCAGAUGUUUCUGGCUAUUAAUUUCCACGUUUGCCUCGUUUUAAUGUUCA